AUGUCCGGCUGGACGCCCAUCAACCCGCAUCCUCGCAUCAGCGAUGUCGACGUCGCCCACUUCGACUACUCUGCCUACCCGUGGCAAGACAUCAAAGUCGAACUGCGCCCGGAUGGCAUCGCCAUCCUGUACCUCAACCGGCCCGAGCAGUACAACACGUUCACAGGCGCCAUGUCGUACUCGAUCGUGUUCGCGUUCGAGCUGUUCGACGCGGACGACCGGGUCAAAGUUGCCGUCAUCACGGGAGCCGGCGGGAAAGUGUUCUGCGCAGGGGCCUACCUCGCGCAAGGAUUUGGAGCGAUCGCUGACCACGCACAGGGCCACCGAGACGGCGGUGGGCAGGUGGGGCUGUCCAUCCUGCGUUGCAGGAAGCCGUCGAUCGCUGCGAUCAACGGAAACGCCAUCGGCAUCGGUAUCACCAUGACGCUCAGUUGCGACUUCAGAUUGGUAGCCGACAACGCCAAGGUGGCCAUCCCCUUCGUUCAGCGCGGUAUCGCCAUGGAGGCGUGCUCGUCAUACCUGCUACCGCGGCUGGUGGGAGUGUCCAAGGCGAUGGAUAUCAUCUUGACGGGAGACGUUCGUUCGCCCAAAGACGAAAGCUACACGGCGCUGUGGACGCGGGCUCCGCUGCCGCAAGACAAAGUCCUCGCAGAAUCGCUCGCGCUCGCCGAAAAGCUCGCCAAGAACAGCAGCGUGUCAAUGGCGCUAUGCAAAGCCCAAAUUUGGCGACAGGUCGAUUCGCCCGAAGACGCUCAUCUGUUGGAAAGCCAAGGAAUCUGGGAAACGUCCAGGCUGGACGGCUUGGAGGGAGCCAAGAGUUUCUUGGAAAAGAGGAAACCUGAGUUCCCCGGCACCAUGGGCGACCUCGAGCGAUUCGCCUUUUGGCCGUGGUGGAGACAGGCAGACGUCUCGCUCUACCCUCGAGGACCCGAGUCGAUGCGUGCUGCCCAGGCCAAAAGCAAGUUGUGA